AUGGCGCGAAUAGGAGAGGACGUGGCUACCCAUGUGGCCGAAUCAUCGGUAGAUAAGGCAAUGCAAGAACUCAAAUACUUGUGUUGUUACAAGACCUACGUUGACGACUUCGAAGAGGAGAAGACAAGUUUGAGUGCAAGAAGAAACACAGUGCUUAAAGAUAUUGAAGUUGCCAAGCACCGAAAUGAGAAUCAGGUUGAAGAUGAAGUCGCACUGUGGUUAGAAAGAGCCAAUGGUCUCAUAGGAGAAGACACAAAAGGAAAGAAGAAAUGGUUUGGUUUGGUCACUAAUUGCCUUUGGCAGUACAAGCGAGGGAAGGAGCUGGAAGGGAAGACGCAAAGGAUUAAACAGCUACUGUUGGAACAGAGUAACUUCGCUCGUGUUGCUCGUUCAACUGGGCUUCCAGGCAUGGAGUUCUAUUCUUCUCCAAAUUUUAUGACUUUUGAGGAUAGAAAGUCGAUCUCUGAGAAGCUGAAGGAGGCAUUGAAAGAUGACAACAAGUUUAUGAUUGGAUUGUAUGGGCUAGGUGGAACAGGGAAAACCACGAUGGCAAUAGAAGUAGGUAAAGAUGUUGCCGACUCAAAGUUGUUUGAUAAAGUCAUAUUCAGUGUUGUCUCAAUGGAUGUAAGCUUGAAAAAGAUUCGGGGAAACAUUGCAAAACACUUAGAUUUUCCUUUAGAGGGAAUGGAUGAAUCUGAGCAAGCACAAGAAUUGUGGAAAAGAAUAGCAGAAGGUGGAGAAAAGGUACUUAUAAUACUAGAUGACAUGUGGGAAAAGCUUACACCGCAAGAUAUAGGGAUUCCUCUGGGCCGCCAUGGCAAGGGUCAUUGUGCUGUUUUGCUAACCACACGUGAUUGGAGUGUUUGUAGAGAUAUGGGUUGCCAUGAGAUUAUUGAACUUAAGGUCUUAAAUGAAGAGGAUGCAGUUAAUCUUUUCCUAUCUUAUGCUGGCAUGAGCAUAGAUGGUGCUUCCAAUGGAUCUAAGGAUGCGGCUAGAGGUAUUGUGAAGGAGUGUGGAAGUUUACCAGUUGCAAUUGUAGCAGUGGCAAGUGCACUAAAGUCUAGGCCUCUAUCAGAAUGGCAGGAUAGUUUGAAAAGAUUGCAGAAUCAUGAGCAAAUUCGUGAUGUUAAACAAGAUUUAAAACAGGCUUAUAACUCUUUGAGAUUAAGCUAUGAUAAUCUCAAGAACGAAAAGGCUCAAAAACUCUUCCUCUUGUGCUCUCUCUUCCCAGAAGAUUAUGAAAUACCUAUAGAACUUUUAACCAGGAUUGCUAUAGGUGUUGGCCUUUGUGGAGAAGCUAACAAAUACUCUGUUGCAAGAAGUCAUUUUACUCCAAUUAAAAAUGAGCUCAUAGAUUCUUGUUUGUUAUUAAAGGCUAAGAAUGAAAGUCUCAAAAUGCACGACUUGGUUCGGGAAGUGGCUUUAUGGAUUGGAAACAAACAGGUUCAAGCAGGCAUGAAUUCUAACUCAACUAUAAUGGAAAACAUCCAAUAUUCAUCUUGGAACAUAGUUGACUUUCCGAAUCAUUUUGAUGGCAAACAACUUGAGGUUCUUUUACUUUGGAUAAAUGAUGCAAAUUCUCGUAGGGUCAAAGUUCCCAAUGCUCCCUUUGAAGGGAUGGAGAACCUUAAAAUUUUGGCUUUAAUGAGUUCGUCAGAUUUGGAAAUUUCAACUGCUUCCUUAUUUCAAUCACCUUUUUCAUUGACAAAUGUUCGAACUUUGACCAUAAAGAAUUUUAAAUCAUUAGGAGAUAUAUCUAUUUUGGCAAAUCUUAAAAACCUUGAGAGCCUUGAAUUGAACAAUUGUUCAAUUAUUGAAUUGCCCAAAGAAAUUAAAGAAAGUCAAAAAUUGAGAUUGUUGGAGAUGGUAAAAUGUUCUCUUACUGGAAGAAAUAAUCCUUUUGAAGUGAUUGGAAGUUGCUUUCAAUUAGAGGAGUUGUAUUAUGCUUCAAAUAAUGUGGAUGAUUGUCGCGGGCAAAUCACAACACUUCCUAUGUUGCAAAGGUAUUACAUAGGGGGUCAAGAUUAUGUACGUAACUAUGAAGAGGAUUCUUCAAUAUCUAGAUAUUUUGAUUCACGGAACUUAAGAGUAUACUUCUCCAAUGAAAUAUUUAAACUCCUUGUGGCAAGAGCAGAAGUUUUGAUGUUAGGACGAGAUUACCACAACAGAGGAUGGACAAAUAUUGUUCCUGACAUAUUAUCUGUGAAAUAUGACAACAUGAAAGAUCAAUUAACUAGGCUCUCUUUGGAUUCUAUGAAUGAGAUAAAGUGCCUAAUCCAUAUUGAGAAUCUCCGACCUGGUGUGGCUAUCUUCUCUAAGUUGGUUGAAUUGACUCUUCAUUCUAUGGAUGUGAGAGAACUAUGCCAUGGGCCUUAUCCUGUUGACUUUUUGAAGCAACUAAAGGAGCUGCAUUUAUCUAGAUGUGAAAAAUUGGAAGGCAUGUUAUUUGAUGGCAAGUUAGAGCUGUGUAAUCUUAAGUCCAUGCAUUUAUCUAAAUGUUCAAUGACAUGCCUUUUUCAUGCAUCCACAGCACAGAGGUUAAUGCAGUUAGAAACAUUGGAAAUUGGAGAAUGUUUGAAGUUGAAAUACAUAGUAGCAGAGACUAUGGAUGAUCAGGAUCCUAAUCAAAAGAGUCAUGACUCAAUGUUGCCAAAAUUGAAAUAUCUCAGGAUCAACUGCUGUGCUGAAUUAGAAUUUAUAUUGCCAAUAUGCUUUUGCGAAGACCUUCCACUGCUAAAAAGUAUGAAGAUUGGAGGCUGUGAGAAACUAAAAUAUGUAUUUGGGCAAUAUCCGGACCACAGAGAUUUGCACCAAAUGGGGAAAGGAGCCAUCCUCCAGUUACUAGAAGUAUUGGAAAUUGAUGGGGUACCGAAUUUCAUCAAUAUAUAUGCAGAAUGUUAUCUCCCACGGCCUUGUUUUGAUGAAGUUCAAAAGUCAUCUCCAAGUGCAAAAGUAGAUGCCAGUAACAAUCUAUCAAGGGGUCGUCUAUGUUGUUUUUGGCCAAAAGCAUUAUUAAUCAAUCUAUCAAGGGGUCGUCUAUGUUACCCUUCUACUUCCAUGAACACUCAAUCGAACCAUAAUCAGGCAUUAAAAGUGAAUUAUGUUGUCAACAGAGCUCAUGGUCUUUUCACGCCACCAUUAUACCCAUGUAGAAGUUUGAGAAGGAUACGGAUAUUUGGAUUUUCUGAGUUAAAGUCACUCUUUACGCCAUCCAUUGUCUCAUCAUUGAAAUUGCUGGAAUGGUUGGAAGUUGGAAAUUGCGAUGCACUGGAGCACAUAGUAACAGAUGAGGAGCAUGGUCAUGAUCGUGGGAAUGUUAACUCUAUUUUCCCAAACUUACGGGAGGUUGGAUUCUAUGGCUGUAGCCACUUGGAGUACAUUUUCCCAGCUUUUUAUUCAAAAGACUUUAAGCAUUUAGAAUCUGUGGAGAUCGCCGAGGCUGGAAUGUUGACACAUGUCUUUGGAAAAUGCCGUGCCGAUGAGAAUCUGAAUGUUCAGAAGAUAUUAGGUUGA